AUAACCGAUGUUAAUACUCCUUUUUUAAAUUUUUUUAAUACAUAAAAAUAAAGCUAACGCAUCGGUUCUUCUUCCUCCACCUAUGCUGAUUUUAUCUAGAGUUUAUAUCCCUCUUUUUGUCUGAGACUUAACCCUAGCACUCAUCCGUUGGUUCACCGUCAUCGUGCGCCGUCUUCUUUAGAUCGUCGCCAUCCCCGUGCUCGCCAACGACGUCGUCGCCAUCCCAGGCAGGUGCUGCGAUCCCCGGACAAUUUUGCAGGCUAAUCUUCUGGUGUUUGGAACGGUUUGAUAUCCUCUUCCUCCUUAUGAAUCUGGAUUUCAAUUUCAUUUGAAUUUCUUCUCGAUUUGGGGUUUUUUUGGGUCUCGUAUGUACUGUUCUCAAUGAGAAUUUGUACUGCGUAUGUGUGAAGCUUUUGCUUCUUUUUUGACGAACUUCUGUUGAUUCUUGGCUAGUAUUUGAGAGGUUGUUCAUCUUCAAGAAGGCCUCAUUUGAGUUGUGUUUAGUUACUUAACUUGUGGAAUGAAGUGUUGUUCUUGCUUUGAAUGGAUGGCCGUCUUACUGUUUUUUGGUGGUUGUGUAUGCGUGUUUUUUGUGUUGAUGUCCAUUGAACUAAGCUGCCUAUGCUGAUGCACCUAGCACAAUGGUCAGCUUGCCCCCUACCCCCCUAAUGGUUAUGGAAGAGCCAACAUGGGUUGAUUUGUGGUUGAGGGAGUGGCCAUUGUUUAAUGGAGCAGAUUCUAAGGCAUGCUAUCCAUGGACAUACUUGGUAUCUUUUUGGUGAGCUUGUGGACGUUUCUUGCUGUAGUGUGUGUUGUGGGCAAGGUCAUGUUGAAUUGGACAAUGUGUGGGGCUGGUUUUGGAGCUAGGUUCCAGUUGCUGUUGCAGACACCUUGCUGGUGGAUAAUUUGGGCUGAAAUUCAUGUCUCCAGCAGAUUCUCACCUUGUGAAGGCGGCCUCUUGUGCUUCGGUAUCGGAUCUGUUCUCAAGAAAGAGAAGAAAGAUUGAAUCUUAAAGCUACAGAACUGAGGUUUGGUCUUCCCGGAUCCCAAUCUCAAGACGGAGAUGAAGAAGUCAACAACAAGCAAGAACCUGGAAAGUUGGAUGAAA